AUGGAAAUUGAUGUCACCAAAAAGAAAGACAGUGCCGCGGUAGCUGGAACCAAGCCGCGUACCUUCUGCGACGAAUUGCCGCGUGAGGUUUGGAGACGCUGCAAAGACGAGCUGCGCUGCAUCAAGUGCACCAAACGGUACAGCGACUGGCGCAGUCUGCGGAAGCACAUGAAUUACUUCUGCCAAAUGGAGCCUCUCUACCCCUGCCCGUACUGUUCCCACAGAGCCAGGUUACCCACCCUGUUGAAGUACCACGUUGUCCGCGAGCACGCGAUUCAUUGGGAUGGCCUGGCGAUGCAAGGUCCCAAAGAUCUUGCGUACAACUCAGCAAACAAGUCCAUCUUCGUGUGCUAUAAGUGCGGCAAGGGCUACACGUCGAGGACGAUUUUGUAUCGUCAUCUGAGCACUGUAUGCGGCACACCGCUCAUGCACCGCUGCAACGUCUGCGGAUACAAGACCAGUCGCAAGGACGUUCUCUACAGGCACAUACGACACGUGCAUAGACCAUAG